CACGCUGUACACUGAACAUGCUGAAAGCUGAAUGAGAUGUAGAAGUUGCAUGCUUGCCGUGUUUUUCAUCACAUUUCCAAUCGAAAAUACGACAUUCUCUAGUUUAGAUGUGUAUUUUACAAUAAUUAAUGAGGAUUCAAACCGCUUUCCGUCGAGAAUGAGUAAUUUCGAGUUGUUUGGGAUCUUCAAAAAGGCAGCAAAACUCACGAAAGAUCCGUGCAAUGGAUGUCGCACUGUCGUGUCCCAGCGGCACUUCGCUCUCUCUCCCCGGUACCUCGGCCGGCUGAAGAAGGGAGCGAUGGAGACGUUGGUGUCGGAGAUCGGGCGUUAUUCAGAGAGCCUUGCCGGUGUUCCCUUGGCGUACUGCAAUCUCACACUUCUUCAGCAAACUGGCAACAUUCUAGAUGAUCAGCCUUUCAUCCAUUUUAACGUUUCCUUCAAGGCAGUGAUCUUUCAACCUUCCAUUGGAUCUAUCUUGAAAUGUGUGGUGAACGAGCUCAAUAUGGAUCACGUCAGCUGUCUGGUUCACAACUGGUUCAACCUCUCGCUCCCUCUACGGGGUGCUGACGCUGAGGAGAGGUUACCCAAGGGGUCAAAGGUCAUGGCAAAGGUCACCAAGAUCCAAGCCAAGAAUGGAAUCCUAGCCAUCCAGGGGACUCCCACUGAAGACAGGUUUUCAGAUCUGCCCCUUGUGGACCCACUGAAAGAGGAACUGUCCGAUGAUGAAAGGGCAGACACGACAGAAAUGGAGAGUGAAAUCCCCAGGAAGGUCAAACACGACAGCGGCUUUAUCAGCGACCCGGAAGAGAGUGUGGGGCUCCCUCUAGAAUCAACAAGUGGGAAUGAUGGAGAGAACGUGGGAAAGGGGAAGAAGAAGAGGGAAGCGGAGGAUGAGCAGAAGAUGGAAGAAGAUGUGACUGAAGGAGAAGGCAGAGAGGUGAAGAAGAAGAAGAAGAAAAAGAAAGACGAGAUGAUGGAGAAAGAGAUGAUUGAUUCACUAGGAAAGAUAUCAAUAAAGAAGGAGUCAGAAUCAUCUCCUGAUGAAAGCUAUAAUGAUGUUGCCGGAAAUGGAUUGAUUGGUGAACAAACAACAGAGAAAAAGAAGAAAAAGAAAAGGAAAUCUACCAUCGAAAGUGACUCUCCCAUACAAGAAAGCAGCGGCGUGAAGACAGAGGUAGCUUCUGCGGAAAAAUUGAUUCAGGAUGUUAAUCGCUCAAGCAAAAAGAAGAAGCAUAGAGAGAGGGAUUCUGAGGGUUUGGACGUUCACACGGUCAAGGAAGAAGUCGAAUCUAGCGGUGAAAUUAGAAUCAAAGAUGAACCGGAAUCAGAUGAGGAGCGGACGAGCGAAAAGAAGGUGAAAAGGAAGAAGCACAAAAGGGAAGACAUCAGCCAUCAAGUGUCGGAAACUGAUGGUGUUAGUGAAGAACAAAAUGGAAAGCAAAAACAAUUGAAGAGGAAGCACAGUGAUGCCUCGCACCGUGUAAAUGGAGGGGGUGAUCACAGUGAAAGGACUACUCAAAAUGAAGUGUUUGGGACUGAGGAGGAUAUUGAUGUGCCCCAAAUAAGAAAAAAAGAAAAAAAGAAGCACAUUAAGGAAGAGGUUGUGUAA